UGCUAGUCUUCGCAUGGCCGGAAGAGCUUGGCGUAGUUGCCGCUGUGCUGUCGGAAAUAAAAAAAUAAAAACAAACAAACAAACAAAAAGCAAAACAAAACAACAACAACAACAACAACAACAACAACAACAACAACAACAACAACAACAACAACAACAACAACAACAACAACAACAACAACAACAACAACAACAACAACAACAACAACAACAACAACAACAACAACAACAACAACAACAACAACAACAACAACAACAACAACAGAAGCUUAUGUUGCGAGAUCGCGAAAUGCAGGAUGGAAAUAGAUCUAGACUCGAUGCUGCCG